CAUCUCUAACCUUGGAUGCACAAUAGAAGGUGACUGACUUAAUGGCAAGGAGAAAUCCAGAAAAAAUACCUCACUCUGGGAAUAAACUGAGCAAGGCUAGCUGCAAAGUGGGGACAGAGACAAGAACUUUGGUGGAGGCAGGAAGGACAGCUGAAUCAAAGGCUCUGCAUCAAAAUUUACUCAGGAAAUCCAGCAUGAAGUUGAUAUCUACAAGCUCUGAUAUAUGGAUGGGCACUCAGCUGCUUUUCAUAGACAUCAUGGCUUCUCUGGAGCUUUUGCUAAAGCAAAUGCAUGGCCGCAGGGUUACAGAAAGGGAAAGAAAGAAGCUAAAACAAACACUAGCUGAUAUUGCUUCACUUAUCCCAGUUACAAUUCUAAUGCUACUCUCUGUAAUCACCUACUCAUCAACUCUUUAUUCUCCAAUUUUUGGUCUUUCAUCAUUGGCUGAAGUAGCAGUUGGCUUUCUCUUUUCAUAUCCAUGUUUGUGACUUUUGAUAAGA